AAUGUACAGAAGCCUUUUGUUUUACUUGAGGAAGUUUUACGACUUUUCAACGACAAUCCCGAUUUUUAUUUUUGUUUCGGAAGAGACAUAACACAUUGCACACAAAAACAUUUUUCGUUUAACAACACUGAUCCAGAUGAGCGAUUUUACUGGAACAAACUGCUAUUGAAGGACUUAUUGGAGGAGACUACAGAUAAGAAUCUAGCUAAGAAAUGGAUUGUACCGGUAAUACAGGGGAGUGUACACUCAGACACUCUCAUAAUCACAGAUGACCCUCAGGUGCAUGCAUCUUUGGAGAUCACACUUAUAUCACGACGAUCUGUAAAGCGUGCUGGAGUACGCUAUCUUCGAAGAGGAAUCGACAGCGACUCGAAUGUUGCAAACUUCGUUGAGACAGAGUUGCUUUUAGAUAUUUUUGGUCAUCAUUUGUCAUUUGUUCAGGUUUGUCUUCUUGCUCUUUCCACUUCCAGGUACAUCUAG